UGCCUAUGAUUUCAGGGUGAACUGAAGUCUUGGGUCCUGACUUCUUCUCCCGGUCCCGUCCACUCCACACAGUAGCCUACGCAGCAGAAGAGGAUAUGGAGCAGUGAUGUACCGGGAGACCAGGAGAAUAAUAACACUUCUUUUUAAAAACGGAAUAAAUGCCAGUAUUUAAGUGACAGUUACGGGGUUCCUCUUGCAAGUUUAAAAUACUUCAAACGCAGAUGCUAGCAUGCAGGAAAUGCCCGACUAAUUCUCAGAGUAGUUCAAUCACCCCUCACGCCUCUAGAGAGUUCUGUCCUCAGUUGAAUAUUGCGCGUCUGACGGGAAGGGCCGAAGAAUACCAGCUCCAGCCGCCGUGGAAACUGAUUAUUCCAAGAUGCUCCGGCAAAUGCAAUAUUUGAAAUUAGCGACAGCACUCGUGUUGCUACCGUGUGUGUUGUCAUUUAACGUGGAUGACAAGAAUGGGGAGACUUUCAAUGGUCCGCUGGAGGACAUGUUUGGAUACUCAGUCCAGCAGUUUGAGAACAGUGAGGGGAAGUGGGUGCUGAUUGGUUCUCCCCUGGCCGGCCAGCCAGCCAAACGGACUGGAGAUGUCUACAAAUGCCGUGUGGGUCAAGGACCAAACCCUAGAUGUAUCAAACUGGAGCUGCCUGAAAACACAACAAUUCCUAACUUACACGAAGUCAAGGAAAACAUGACCAUGGGAACGACGUUGGUUACCAACCCUCAAGGAGGCUUUCUGGCCUGUGGUCCACAGUACGGCUACAUGUGUGGUCAGCAGACAUACAUCUCUGGGGUCUGUACCAAUGUCAGCUCAAACUUCCAGGUGCUCAACUCCAUCGCCCCGGCUGUGCAAGAGUGUGCCAAAGAGCUUGACAUUGUCAUGGUUCUUGACGGCUCCAACAGUAUCUGGCCCUGGACCAGCAUCAUUGAUUUCCUGGUCAAGUUUCUGAAGAAUAUCGAAAUUGGAGCUAAACUGUCCCAGGUGGGCAUUGUGUCGUAUGGAGAGGAAGUCACUCACAAUGUCAACCUCAGCCAGUUUGAUACCACUCAAUCCCUCCUGGCCAAAGUGGCAAAACUUCCCCAGCAAACAGGUUUCAAGACUAUGACUGCCCUGGGAAUUGACACGGCAAGGAAAGAGGCCUUCACUGUGGAGCGAGGGGCGCGGCCGGGGGUCAAGAAGGUCAUGAUAAUUGUGACGGACGGAGAGUCACAUGACUUUUAUAACCUCGACAAGGUCAUCAAAGAAUGUGAGGAGGACGAUAUUGAGAGGUUCGGUAUCGCUGUGCUUGGUGAUUACAACAGGAACAACAGAAGCAUCAAGGAGGUGAAGAAAUUCAUUGAGGAGAUCCAGUCGAUCUCCAGCGAUCCUGUGGGAGAUCACUUCUUCAACGUGUCGGAUGAGUUUGCCUUGCUGAACAUCGUAGAUGCCCUGGGCAGCAGGAUCUUUGCCUUGGAGGCAACGUCAGGUAACUACACCUCGUCUUUUGAGAUGGAGAUGUCCCAGGCUGGAUUUAGUGCCCACACCUCUAAAGAGGGUGUGAUGCUGGGUGCUGUGGGGGCGUAUGAGUGGAACGGGACAGUAGUGAUGCAUACAAACCGGGGUACCGUGGUUCCUCUAAACGCAGACUUCCAAGACCCCCUGGAUGAAAGGAAGGAGAGCCUGGCGGAGUACGUGGGUUAUGCCGUACAGUCAGCAUCAACCCCUAAUGGUGAAUUAUACAUCACCGGAGCACCGCGGUACAACCACACAGGCAGAGUCAUCGUCUACAAACUGGAUGGGGAAAUCAUCACAGUCACACAAGUACUGAAAGGAGAGCAGAUUGGCUCCUACUUUGGCAGCGUGCUCCAGACGGUGGAUGUUGACCAGGACUCCUACACAGACAUCCUGCUGGUGGGAGCUCCUAUGUUCAUGGGCCCAGAGAGGGAGGAACAGGGACAGGUGUACGUCUACAAACUCAAUGAGAAGGGCCUGUUUGAGCACCAGACCACGCUGAAGCCAGACAACCAGACGUGUUGUACCUCGGCCCACUCCAACGGUUGCACCAUCGUCAACACCAACGGCCCGUGUGGCGCCCGCUUCGGCACCGCCAUCGCAGAGGUCAGUGACCUAGACCUGGACGGGAACCGGGACGUGGCCAUCGGGGCGCCACUGGAGAACGACCACAAAGGGGCAGUCUACGUCUACCAUGGAGCCAAGAAGACCAUCAAGGAAAAAUAUGUGCAGCGUAUCCCAGGCCCUGGAGACGGGGUGAAGACUAAGUUUUUUGGCCAGUCGAUCCACGGAGUCAUGGAUCUGAACGGAGACGGAAUUAUAGACAUUACCAUCGGAGGGCUGGGAGGGGCUUCUCUGUUCUGGUCCAAGGAUGUUGCUGAGCUUUAUGCCAACAUGACCUUUGACCCAAACAAGAUCAACCUACAGCAGCCCUCUGAAGACUGUGUGCUGGGUGAGAGAGCCACCGUGUGUGUGAAGACCAGGGUCUGCUUUAGCUACAGUGUCAAGUCUGAGAAGGACCACACUAACUUGGGAACAGCCAUUAAGUACAACCUGACUCUGGACUCUCUGAGGGCAAAGUCGAGGGCAGCGUUUGUCAACCCUGACGAGAAGAGUGAGAGGAAGGUCCAGGUCACCGCCAACAUCAUAGACGCUCUGUGUCUGGAACAUUCCUUUGCCAUGAAGGCUAAUCUGGACUUCAGAGACCCCAUCAUGAUCUCCCUCGAGUUUGGUCUGGCUGAGGACACAGGCCCCGUCCUGGAUGGAGACUUACCAACGUCACUCAACAAAACGAUUCCUUUGGUGGACUGUGGGAGCGAUGACAAGUGCAUAGCUGACCUAUCCCUGAAGGCUGUGCCAAGUAUACAAAGUCUUGUGAUCAAAGCCAACAAAGAAAAGUUCCAUGUGCUCAUUACCAUUAGAAACAGUCAAGACAAUGCCUACAAUACCAAAGUCAUGCUCAGCUUUACUGAAAACAUAAACUACGUCAAAGUCAAGGCCAAUGACAAAGUCUGCAGUCUGAAUAAUACCAAAGUUGAGUGUGCUGUGGGAUAUCCAUUCCUCAAAAGCAAUGUAGAGGAGGUGUUUGAGAUCCUGUUUGAAGUCAACCCUGCACACGUCUGGAAAGAGAUUCAGAUCAACGUAACUGCAACCAGUGACAGUGAGGAAUUGAAGACCACCCUCCAUGACAACUCUGUGAGAAUCUCCAUCCCUGUGAAGUACGAGGCUGGACUCAGAUUCACUGCUGACAGGCAUAUGAAGGAGGACCACAUCAUAGUGAAAGAGGGAGAGCAGUACCCCAGCAUCUUCAACCACACCAGUGUGAUAGGAGAAGAGGUCAAGAUCAUCUAUACGGUUAAAAAGGAUGUGAAUAUGGAGACUCCUCCUCUAAAGCUGAGGGUGAUGUACCCGUACCUAUCACCUAGAGAGAACACCCUGCUAUACCUGACACAUGUCACCUCCUCACAGGAUGUGAGAUGUCACAUCAGGGACCUGAUUAACCCUUUAAAGAUCAACAACAACAACACGCACACCAUCAAUCCUAAAAAAGAGACCCUCAGUGUCUUCCUGGUGGGCUGUAAGGACCACCCGUGUAAGUCCUUUAUCUGCUCCAUCCCUCACGUCAACAACAGCCAGGUCAAUGUUACCUUCAGGGUGUGGAAGCCCACCUUUAUCAAAGCAGAGUUCUCCAGCCUUCACAUGAUUGUUAAUGCCACUCUGGAGAACCUGAACACUGAUCUCUUCGUGUUGAGUGCCACCAAUUACGCCAGAGAUGUGAAGAUCCAGGUCUCUAAAGAGGCUUUCGGAGGUAUACCACUGUGGAUCAUUAUAGUCAGUAUCCUCAUAGGACUGCUGAUUCUGGCACUGGUCAUCUUCGCUCUAUGGAAGGCUGGAUUUUUCAAGAGAAAAUCCAUAGAGGACAUGGAGAACGAGGACAUGAAGAAUUAAUCCUUCCACCACCAUACAGAUCUGUCUGUGCCCCACUGUCUUCAGGUCUGUCUUCAGGUCUGUCUUCAGGUCUGUCUUCAGGUCUGUCUUCAGGUCUGUCUUCAGGUCAGUUAGAAGAGAUACCAUAGGAAAUACCCCAUCAACCAAUUCACCUGAACACCAUCAGGUUAGAAGAAAAGCCAGUCUAUUUAUGGCUAUUCAACAACCAUUCACCUGAAUGUGAUGUGGCCCAUCUACCAGCCUUAAAACCCUGGUCUGGUUCAGUGGAUACAGAGGCCUGGGGAAACAUUCAACUUGUACAGUACACUUUGUUCUUCCAUCUAUUCAUUGAGGGUACCAAGACCUGGACCUAAAAGACCUAAGCUAGAAGGGAAAUCAGAAGACCGUAAGGAUAAUGGCACCCUAACCCAGACCUGAUCAUAUGCAGCCACACCAGCUUUAUACAACAGGACAAAACGUUCUCAGGUUCACUUACAGCGUCAACAUCCCAAAGACACUAAAAACACCUCAGAUUACAGUAUGGCAUUACACCAAUGUUGUCCAAAUGUCCAAGGCACUCUGCAAUGGAUUAGAAUUCUGUGUUAUAGUUUUUGACAUUUUUUACUAAUAUACUGUAAAUCUAUACCAUGUACUGUAUUUCUUUUUGUUUGGUAUAUUUUGAUAUGUGUUAUUACCUAUAUUUUGACACAUUCAUCGUCUUCUAAGCAUAAUGUUUGCUUUUUGGAACACUGAUAUUUUCACAUGAGUGUUUUUCUAGUCUUACAAGCACAAUCUGUAAAUUUGAUUUUUUUUAAACAAAAGUGUUCCCUUGAAUAUUGAAGGGGUCUAUGCAAAUACACCCUCUCCAAAUAUAUAUUCAGUAUAAAAGAAGAGGAGGAAUUUGCUAUUGACAUAAAUACAUCGCUUUUAAUCUAGUUUUUGUUUAAUUUUGCUCCAACAUGGGGGCAGAGAAUUUACAGAUUGCUCCUUUACAGUAUUAGGGAAACCUUUGAUUGUCCUGUAAAUGUAAUGUAAAGCUUGUACAUAAAGUUAUGUUUGCAAUAAUUCCUAUCAUUUAAGAUCAAGUUAAGUCCAGCAUGUAUCACCAAGGCCCUAUAUAUCAGUAAUAGAGAUAAAAUAAGUAAUUUGCUCCUACAUUUCUCAGGUAUUACUUAUGAUAGUAUGUUGAUAGUAUGGUGAUAGUAUGGUGAUAGUAAGUGGAUAAUUUGAUGAUAGAAUGAUGAUAGUAUGGGGAUAGUAUGAAUUAGAUAAAACAAACAAAUGUAGUAUUUUUAAAUAAAAUACUAUUUAAAAAAUAUGUAAAUAUUGGUAAAAAUGUAAAUGUUUGAUAAAUGUGUAUUGGAACUCGAUGCAUUUUGCAUCCAUUCGCUAAGAUGUAAUUUUUUUGAUGAUUUCUCUGAGGAAGCCUACAGUCACACAGAGCAAUCCAAAAAGGAUCUCAGCGGAGUGUAACUUGAUUCCUGAUGUUCAAACCUGUCAGUACCACAAAACAAAGAGAUGUUUGUCUCAGAGAAGGUCAAACUCUGGAAACUAGGCCAUUGAACGUUACACACAGGGGGUGAUUUGGUCUGAUGCAUAUGAACACCAGGUUAUGCCUAAAGCCCUGUAGUCUCUGGUAUGACCGGAGUGGUAGCGACUGUCGUGAUUGUGAGUAGAAAUGUUUGAUUCAUGCAUCGUUUCCUCUUUCUCUCCGCCUACAUUCCUCUGCAUAUUUACAUAUUUUGCACAGGCAGUCCGGUGUAACCCCUGACUUUUUAUUGUAUAUAAGAGACACUCAUCAGCUCACCCAUUACUGUUGAAAGCACAUGUAAUAAAUAUCUGUAAAAUGUGUAAGAUAACCUUAUCACGGGGAUCCUCCAUACUGUCCCCUUCUGGGGAGCUUAUUUGUCAUAGCUCAGCAGUGAUAGAGUCAGCUGAUCAAGGCUUUGAAGAUUUAAUUACUGAUUAGUUCAAUUGGAACCCAGAACCAAAUCUUGUGUGCUGACCAGCUACGCAACUUGACAUGUAUUAUAAUUUAUGUUCAUGUGUUAAAAGUCUGUCACAGGAUGUUUGUUUGCUGUAUCAGGUGUGAUGGCACAUGUGGGACAAAAACCUACUGUACUUUGACUCUCCAGGAGCAGGUUUGAGGAUGAGAGAGAGCGAGAGACCGGAGAGGGUGACUGGAGAGAGAGAGGGUUAGGGACUGCUUCAGACUGAUGUACUCCAGUCAUACACACUGCUGUGAACUGUUAGUUUAAUACACUGGUUUGUCAUACUGUAUGCACUCUGAUCAGCACAGAUUUGAAAGCAUUGCACAAGCUGUCAAGGAUCGUAUGCCAAAAAAUAAAUAAAUAAAAAUGGUUUUAAAUGAA